AGUCCGCCCUCCCGCAGGGACUCGAUGCCCAGGCGGGGAGCAUGGCAGGGAGGCGGCCGCUGGGCUCCCGCGCCCUCUCCCUGCUCCGGUGGCUGGGGAUGCUGCUGCCGCCGCUGCUCCAGGUCGGGCAGGGCUGCCCGGGUCACUGCUACUGCUUCGCCACGCCGGAGCUGGACCAGUGCAGCUACGUGCGCCUGCAGGAGCCGCCGCGGGACCUGCCCCGCGGGGUGCGCAACCUCACCAUCGCGGGCGGCAACCUGACGGUGCUGCGCCGGGCGGCCUUCGCCGGCAACGGGAGCCGGCCGCUGGGCGACCUGAGCCAGCUGCUGCUGCCCCGCGACAACAUCCAGGCCAUCGAGGAUUGCGCCUUCCAGGGGUUGCCCGGCCUGACGGCGCUGGACCUCAGCCACAACCCGCUGCGCGCCCUGGCCGGCGGCGCCUUCCGCGGCUGCCCGCGGCUGCGCACCCUCAAGCUCAACCAGGCGCUGCUGCUGCUGGGCGAGGUGCCCGAGGAGCCGCUGGCCGGCGCCCUGCGCAACCUGAGCCUGCGGCGGCUGGAGCUGGCGGGCAACGGGCUGAGGGCGCUGCCGGGCGCCGCGCUGCCGGAGGGGCUGGAAGAGCUGGAUCUGCGGAACAACUCGCUGCAGGGGCUGAGCCCCGAGGAGCUGGCCCGGUUGGACUCAGCCCCGCUGGGCAGGCUCCAGCUCUACCUGGGCUCCAACCCGCUGCGCUGCGACUGCGCCCUGCGCCCGCUGCUGGGCUGGAUGCGCAACGCCAGUUGGAGGGUGGCGGACGCGCGCAGCCUGCGCUGCGCCACCCCCCGGGAGCUGAGCAGUUUGCCUGUGCUGCGCCUCCGCCUGGAGCAGCUGGGCUGCGGGGCCGGGCGGGAGCCAGGGCCCGAGGGGGCCGAUUGGGAGCCGCGGUCCGAGGAGGCCGGCGAGCAGAAGGAGCUGGAGACCGCCUCCUACGUGUUCUUCGGCAUCGUGCUGGCGCUGAUCGGGGUCAUCUUCCUCAUGGUGCUGUACCUCAACCGCAGGGGCAUCAAGCGCUGGCUCAACAACCUGCGGGAGGCCUGCCGGGACCAGAUGGAGGGCUACCACUACCGCUACGAGCAGGACACCGACCCGCGCAGGGCCAGCGCCAGCCCCUCGGGGCUCUGAGCCAGAGUGCGGGGGCCACCUCGACGCCAGAUAGCCCUGCCCGUAUGCAGGGAUCCCACCCGUCCAGACUAUG